CUGGCUGGCACCGCUGGCACCUCCGCUGGUCAAAGGAACGCGUCCUCUGGCUUGGUUCUUGAAUCGCUAGGAUCUGUAUCCGUGUAUAACGAGAACGAGUAACGGGGACGAGUAACAAACAGGCUGCGAACAUUUACAGGCACAUUACAGGCCUCGUACAGGCAGAGCAACGGACAAUGGAGCAAACGAACAUGUAAUUAUGACGUAAAAUGUCUUUACUGGGGUGUUUUCCAUUUCAGACGUUCGAAACGAUGUGAUAUACGAAGGUAAACGUCCACGUGCUCGUUCGUGUGCGCUUAACGUAAAUUAUCUUAAGACGAGAGAAAAUCUUGUAAAAUGCUUUCGUUGUUUGAAUUUGUUCGUGACGAAAGUAGUUGAGAGGCAGACAGUAAAGUGGUAAAAGAUGAUCAGAAUGAAUCGUCUAGUCUCACCGAGCGUAGUCCCACCAGUUCCAUUUGACGUAUGUCGACACAAAGGAAUAUAAUUAAUCGGUACUAUGUUUUGAAAAAUGCCAUCUGAGAUCGAUACGAAGGAUACGAAGGAUACUGAGGAAGACAGCGGAGAGAAUGAGUCGGAAGAACAGUCUGUCGCGUUGCUAAUGGUUCCCGUGGGUAACGAAGGAUGCCAGGCUCCCGUGAAACGUGUGGAAACCGGCGCUACGACCAUAAGAAUAAGUAACGAUGGUAAAGAAGCGUUUAUGUCUGGUAUAACGAAUGAGUUCAUAGAACGAGGUGAAAAUGCUUCUGUAGCAUUAGAACCACGUGAUGACCACUGUUCGUCGGACGAGAAUGGUUUAGAAGGAGCGUCCGCUCCCAUUUGCGAAGGAGAAGAAGGAAUCGACGAUGGGACGAGCAAUGUUCAGUCGACGUUGAGUCGCGUCGAAAACGUGUCAGACGCUAAGUGUUCUAAAUUGGAAUCCGACCACACUGGAGGCGGCACACAGUCGAGAACUGUUACCGAUGCCACUCGGGCAUCGUCAGGCUGUCACGUUGCUAAUGUUCCCGGUAUAUUGACCGAGGAGACUGCACAACACAAUUCAACCGAGACGCUCGCGUCGCUGUUUCAUAAGAACUUGACGAGAAAAAAGUGUUUUCUGGCGACCGUGGACGAUACGGGUUUUCAAUACGGGAAGGGAACGUAUGCAGAGCAGCUACCCCUAUCUUCCAGAAACAUGAUUAGAAAGAAACAAUUUUUUAGCAAAGAUUUACAACCUAGUAGCACGGAGUUACGGUUCGAGGAAGAUGUGGGUGACAGCCGCAACAAUAACGGUGAUCAUUCGUUUGGCGCCGAUAAUAAGGAUUCUGCGAGAGACGGUUGUAAUUUCUCUGUAGAGGGUAUACCCUCUUGUAGUUCGAACGAACGUUCACAAAUAUUACCCUGCACGUCGACGAAUGGAAGAACGCAUACUGCCAUUGCACAUAAACCAUUAUUAAAUGUAACAGAGAAUAAUAAUAAGCGUACAAGUGAAAAUUUAAACACAUCAAACGAUGCUACUGCUGCUGCUGCUGCUGCUGCUGGUUCGCACAUGUUCAAAGGUGUGCCAAAAAUGCAGAACGCUUUGGCACAAGGCUUGGUACAACGUACUUGUAACGAUGUAAUGAAGAAACCGUUUAAACUGCCGAUUUUAGAAAAUUUACCGGAGAGCGUUGCUGCUCGACAAACUCGAGAGUUCGAAGAAAAUGCUGUGGCAUUGUUGCCACGAUCGUUGUCGAGCGACGUUAAAAAGGAUCAGCAUUUGGAGGAAGCCCAGGGGAUAGAGAUAGAGCCCCGUUCAUCGAAUAGCAGCGAUGCAAGCAAUUCCGAUACGGAAUCACAGCAAACGGUUCUAGGUCGCAGUGGGACCAAAAAGAGGCCGUGCGACACGAAUGGUGUCGUAACGAAAGAAGGCGUGGAAUAUUAUCAAUUGUGGCGAAGUACGGAAGGGUUCUCGGAAGCUCUUCCCGAAGGUUUAUACGAACCGUUGUAUCCGAAUCCUCCGCCGGUUCCACCACGGGUGUCGCACAGACUGUUACACAGAACCGGGCCACCGGAAUUACCGAAAAGACAUCCCCGAAAAUAUUCUGCACCCGUGCACCCGGAAGAUUUCUUUGGAUUUGAAAUCGUAGACGUCGACGAAGCUUCGAAUUCAAAGUCGCGAAGAGCGGUGACCAAGAGCAUAGCGUUGUUGAGUUCGCCAAGGGCACCGGCACUCCCGGGACUGUCGUCGGAUCAAGCGUCGUCGGAGAAACCAACGUCGAGUUUAGCAAGUCAGUUAGAAUGCCCACCGACGCCUACGCAUCGACCUAAACCGUUGCGUCCGUUACCGAUGUGCAACCAGACAACGUCGAACGUACCGUUGUCGGGAUCCGAGGAACCUCUUCCUCCAUCAUGGGAAGCAAGAAUCGACAGUCACGGUCGGGUAUUCUAUAUAGAUCACAUUAAUCGAACGACAACUUGGCAGAGGCCCAGUUUAACCACGCGGAGCACCGGUUGCGAUCUACGGAGGCAGCAAUUGGACAGACGUUAUCAGAGCGUUCGUCGAACUAUAUCUCGACCGGACAAUAUCGAUCGCGAUCCGUCGUCGUCGUCGUCCAGCUCGCAACAACAACAACAACAACAACAACAACAACAACAUCACGUGAACGGGAAUAACUCGGCGGAAAACCCCGAGCGAUCCAACAACGAACCAACCAACAACGAACGAACCGAGAGGAACGAGAGAACGGAAAUAGAACCAUUCGACCUCGCCACCAGCCCCCCAGUAUUAUUCUUAACGAGGCCCGACUUCUUCACAGUAUUACAUAGCCACGCGGAAGCGGUGGAACUGUAUAAUCGUAGCCCUAGCCUGAAGCAUAUGAUCAGUAAGAUUCGAAGAGACACGGCCGCCUUUCCGAGAUACGAACAUAACAGAGACCUGGUCGCGUUGAUCAACUUCUUUGCCGAUCCGUCGAAGGAACUACCGAGAGGUUACGAUUCGAAACUCGACAGGACGGGCAAAAGAUUCUUCAUUUGCCACGCUAGAAAAGCAACGUCCUUCAUCGAUCCGAGAUUGCCUACCGAGCCAGCACACACGCGAGCGUCGUUGGACGAGGCACCGGUACCACCGCCUAGACCGCAGCAAUCGGCUGUCACGACUACACCGGACAUACCUGUAGCUUAUAACGACAAAGUCGUCGCGUUCCUACGUCAGCCGAAUAUCAUGGACAUCCUGAAGGAGAGACACUCCGCGCUUGGGCAAAAUAUCGCGCUUCGGGAGAAAGUCAACACGAUAAGAAUCGAAGGCACGGCUGCUUUGCAACGAUUGGGUCACGACGUACCCUUGGCGCUGUUAUUAAGUUUGUUCGAACAAGAGAUCAUGUCGUAUGUACCUGGAAGCGUGGGCAGAUCGCCGCUGGGUAGUCCGCAUGCGUCGCCCGGUUUGACGAGAGCCUCUGCCAGGGCCCCAGCCCCGCACAGAAGGGAUUUCGAAGCAAAACUUCGAACGUUCUACAGGAAACUUGAGAGCAAAGGAUACGGGCAAGGGCCAGGAAAAUUGAAAUUGCACAUUAGAAGAGAGCAUUUUUUGGAAGACGCUUUUACUCGUAUCAUGGCAGCUUCGAAGAAGGAUUUACAAAAGAGCAAAUUAGUGAUCAUGUUCGACGAGGAGGAAGGCGUGGAUUACGGUGGACCGUCGCGUGAAUUUUUUUUUCAUCUGUCGCGCGAACUUUUCAACCCUUACUACGGGUUGUUCGAGUAUUCCGCUAACGACACGUACACCGUACAAGUGUCGCCGAUGUCGGCUUUCGUGGAUAAUUACCACGACUGGUUCAGAUUCUCCGGUAGAGUGUUGGGAUUGGCUUUGGUACAUCAAUAUCUUCUCGAUGCCUUUUUCACGAGGCCGUUUUACAAAGCUCUCCUCCGAAUACCGGCGAGCCUCAGCGAUUUGGAAAGUUUGGAUCAAGAGUUUCAUCAGAGUCUGAUGUGGAUCAAAGAGAGGGACAUAAGCAUCGAGCCGUUAGAGUUGACCUUCUCCGUGACGGAGGAGCUGUUGGGACGAGUGGCCGAACGGGAACUAAAACCGGGCGGCAGAAACAUCGCCGUUACCGAGAAGAAUAAAAAGGAAUAUCUCGAACGCGUCGUACGUUGGAGACUCGAACGAGGAAUCGCCGAACAAACGGAGUCGUUGGUGCGCGGAUUCUACGAGGUCGUGGAUCCGCGAUUGGUAUCGGUGUUCGAUGCACGUGAAUUGGAACUGGUGAUAGCCGGGGCAGCAGAGAUCGAUCUGAACGACUGGAGGGCUCACACCGAAUACAGAAGCGGUUAUCACGACGCUCAUCCGGUCGUGGAGUGGUUUUGGAGCAGCAUCAGUCGAUUUACCAAUGAACAACGGCUGAGAUUACUACAAUUCGUCACUGGUACGUCGAGCAUUCCGUACGAAGGAUUCGCGGCUUUACGCGGAUCCACAGGGCCGCGAAAGUUUUGCAUUGAAAAAUGGGGAAGACCCAACAGUUUGCCCAGGGCUCAUACGUGCUUCAAUCGUUUGGAUCUUCCACCGUAUCCUACGCCUGAAAUUUUAUACGAAAAGCUGUUGUUGGCAGUGGAAGAAACGAACACCUUCGGGAUAGAGUAAGUCGCGCAGACGACCCGAACGACCAUCUGCUGUGCACCAAGUUUCGUUCGAACCACAAGUAUUAACAGAUCCAAAGACCCGUCAUUGGUAAUGGUAAUUCUACCUAUCGUUCUCGAAUCUCGAGUGAUCCGCGAUUCCAUUCUUUAGAUGCCAGCGGCAGAAUCAAAACUGUAUCAAAAUGUAAAUAUUUAAGAGAGAGAAAGAGAGAGAGACAGAGAGAGACCGUUUCGCGCGCAUAUUUUGAACGUAUUUUCUCGACACGAUUCUGAUACGACAUACUUACGUAUAAUAAUGUCUCGUAAAAAUACUCUUGGAACAAAUCGUUCGACGAAAACGAUGCUGAAGUAGCUGACUGUUGCGUUUUCACAGAAGGACAUGUACCAUAGUUACAUUGCUAAUUUAUUAAUUUAUUCCGUAGUUAGUUAGUUAAUUAGUUAGUAGAUACGAUAAUGAUUUCUAGUCCAUUCGAACGUUGAAUAUCGUUGCUAUUUUUUCCGAAUAUUUCCAACUAUUCCACGCAUUCCAAUUCUUUUUAGAGUCGUCAUGAUUAAUUUACAUUAGCUGCGCGAACCAGAACCAGAUGUUUAGAAAAUAACAAAUUUUUACUGCAUAUUUAGAUGCGAUACACGAUGCGUCGUGCACGAUCUCGGGAGAUGCCGCAGACUAUUAUAAACGUCCUUCCGAUCGGUUCGUCGGCGUGAUCGUCGAGAAAGAUCGACAAACAAUGCGAAAUCGAUAAGAACAACGGGGAUAAUGAUUAAUCGUUGUCAGCUUUAGGUUCCGGUUCCGCGUUUGAACAGCUUACCGAGUGGUCGAGUCGAUGCGUAAAACAUGGUUCGCAAUUUUGUUACGUUGAGACUAACUUCAAAAGAAGCACUAGCCAAGAAUUAUUACUAUAUAUAUACACACACACACACACGCGCGCGCGCGCGUUUGUUACUCGAAGGAUUGGUGGUUAGUGGAUAUGUACAUACAUACAUACAUACAUACAUAGACACACACACACACAUAUACACUCCCUCCCAUGCUUCAAGAUUCAACCUCUACCUCUUGAACUUCAAAUAUCGCUUAGG